CACUUACGUAUUUUAUAGCUGAAAAAAAUACAAUAAAGAAAUUUUACGUUAUUACAAGAUGUACCUUAUUUUUUAUACUUUUAAAAAUAAUAAAAAUACUAAACCAAUUCACGCUAGAUAUUUACGCGUGUGAGCAGUAUAUCUGUAGAUAUAUACUUUGUAAACAUGACAGAAGAACUCUCUGGCGUAACAAUAGUAAUAUUCAUUGCGGCUGGGGUAUUAACAAUAUUAUUAUUGUUUAUUUUUGCGAAACGACAAAUUAUGAGAUUUGCAUUAAGAUCUCGUCGUGGUCCUCAUAUUCCAAUAGGGCAUGAUGCGCGUAAGUCUCUUAAGAAGGAAAUUGAAAGAAGAAUAGAAGUAAUUCCAAGAAUUCAGUAUGAACCACAACUCAUUAGUGAUCCUCGGUUUAUCGUAACACCCCGAGGACAAGUUCCACCUCAUUAUUAUAGACUAAAAGCUGUGGACGAUGUUAAAAUUUUAGAAGCUGAAAUUACUAAGUAUGACAGUUGUUUAAAAAGGCAUCCAUCUGAAAAUUUGCGAGCAUAUUUGCUUGCUACAUUAGCCACUCCAUUAAAUGGAACUGGACAACGAUUAAUACAUCAGUUUUGCGAUUUGUAUGAACACGCGCGUCAUGAUCCAACAGAAUUUGGAGAUGAAGAGUAUCAAGUAUACACAAGGUUGUUUCUCAAAUUAAUGGAUGCGGAGUCGAAGAACCUCUUAAGAAGCAUAACAACGAUUGGACGAGUGAAGAGAAGCCGGUGAAACGAAUACAGGGAUAAAAGCUUGGAUGAAAACGUUCCCGUUCCUGAUACAUCGUUAAAAUUACUGUCGGCAAAAAGGAAAACAAAAGAGAAUACUUUCGCGCGAGAAUUCGCGAAUACUCAACGAUUGGAGACAGUUCCUUUCCUCGCGUGAUUAAAGUUUAACGAUCUAUAUUAAAUUUCUGUUUAAAAGUAAAUAUACUUUACAGUCUAUACACAAUUCGUACAAGUUCAUUUUCCAUGUUUCUUUCUUAGUUCUCUUCGUUCAUCGUUCUAUUCGCGUUACGUUUCGUGUAGAGCGCAGGGCAGGUCCAGGUACUUAGGCUAUCUGUAUAUUUUCAUAAAAAUUCGUCAAGAUUUUCCACGUUUCUCCCUCUUACCCCCGUUCUCUCUUUCAAUCUCUCUCUCUCUCUCUCUCUCUCCCUACUUUCUUUUAUCGAUCGAUUUUUAUCGCCUUUUCGUUUCUUGUUUGUUUUUAUAAAAAUCACAGCACAGCACCAGCAUUUAUUGUGUAAAGCCCGCCCAAAUCUCCUUCUCCGAAUGCGUCUCAUUAAAACUGAGACGACAAUUUUUUUUUCAUUUUCCGUUGUUUCUGAUUAAACGGAUAUCGCCAUUAGUUACGUUCGAAUUAAAAAACACGCCUUGCUCUCUUUUACUUUAUUUGGCAUUUUGCAACACUAUGCAGGGCACGAUAAAACUAUUUUUCGAUUCUUGGCAACACAUUUUACCAAUCGUUCGUACAACGCUUUCAUGUCUCUUAGCAACGCUGCGAUAAUAAAAUAAUGGAACCAAUAAUUACUAAUGAAUAAUCGUAAUAAAAGAUACAAUGAUAAUAAUCGUUACUGAAUUAACG